AUCAGGGCCGCAGCACUCAGGAUGAAUGUAAUUCAGAUUGUUCGUGACCACUGGGUACAUAUACUUGUGCCCAUGGGGUUUGUCCUUGGAUGUUAUCUAGACAGAAAGAAUGAUGAAAAGCUGACUGCUUUCCAGAACAAAAGUUUGUUGUUUAAAAGGGAAUUGAGACCCAAUGAAGAAGUCACCUGGAAGUAAAGGCCCCCAUGACUGAAUUA